CCAGCCUGCUCCUUAUAGCAGCAGCAACAGCAACAGCCCUAGUGAUGGUACACACCUGGAGAAGGUGUGUGGCUGCAUUAUUAUGGGGAUCUCCAUAUGGCUCCGUGUAAGCGAAAAUGCUAAGGAUGAAUUUCAUUUAGACAACAGCUUGUAUGCUGGUAUUGACGUCCUCAUCGCUGUGGGCUCCAUCAUAAUGGUGCUUGGUUUUCUGGGUUGCUGUGGUGCCAUGAAGGAAAGCCAAUGCAUGCUUCUUCUGUUUUUCAUUGGACUACUAUUGAUCCUGAUUCUUCAGAUUGUAGCAGGCAUUUUGGGAGCAGUGUAUAAACCUCAGAUUGAAGAAACCCUUAACAAGACCCUCACUGAUGAUAUUAGAUUGUUGCAAAGUACAACAAGCGAGUUCCAACAAUUUCAGGAAAAUUUUCGCCAAUUUGAAAUAAAGAACAGAUGUUGUGGCUUGAUCAAUGGAGAAAAAGACUGGGGAACAAACAAAGGCAAAUACAAUGGCUGUGCGUGUGCUGACAGUGACAAGUCGACAGAUGUCUGUAAAAAUUCAAUCUAUAUAACGCCAUGUAGCCAAGUCCUAAUUGAAUUCGUAAAGAACAAUCUGAUCAUUGUUAUGGGGGUAGCAUUUGGAUUGGCGCUUAUAGAGGUUCUUGGUCUGGUGUUUUCAAUGAGCCUUUAUUGCCAAAUCCAGAGAAAAUGAAACCACAGAAGUGUCAGAAAUAUGACAACAGCCAAAUCAGAAACCUUUGUAGGUUGAGAGAUUGAUGUUUGGUUUGGCACCCUGAAAUAAAUGCCAAAAGCAGUUGUGGUGAUAACAGCCAAAGCACUGAUGGAUAAAGAGGCUUCAUGAGUUGUGAAAUAAAAAUCUGCUUAAAAUUAGGGAAGUUAAUGAUCUGUAGCUGGAGUUUUUAAAAUAAUAGCAAUAUAUACCUUUGCUUAUACUCUAGUCACUUUUUGCCCUCUGAAGAUUAUAUCUCAACAAAAUGAAACAUUUGUCUUGCCA